AAAUAAAACUUGAAUAUGAACUUAAAAUCUUUAAAACGUGAACAACCAUGAAUACCCGCAUUUGAGGCGAGCCGUGAAUGCAGCAUUAAUUAGGCCACUCCCACUUCCGGUAAGUACCCGUUAUCUCAAGGUGGAAAAAAAAAAACAACCGGAGCACAAUCCGCUCGUCGGUGGUCACUCGGGCCGAUUGAUUCUCAGUUUCAUUUUUGGGUCCUCCUCGUCCACUCUGAGCUGAGGUGGAUGGGGCUCACGUAGCCAACAUGGUCCAGCCGAGGUAACCUUUUCCCCGGGCCUGAAGGACGCAGCCGGCCCGAUGGAGAGGCCGGUAAGGCUGCUGCUCUUGUCCGAGCUGCGCGUCCGCAACGUCGGCCACGAAGUGAGCCUGUGCCGCUCCCUGCUCACCUGGAAAAGGCGAACCUUCAGCCCGAUGUACCACCCGUUCAGAGCCAGUGUGUGUCACAGCGUGUGUGUGUCAGAGAUUGUCGCUGUGCGCGAGGAGGAGGAGGAGGAGACGAAAAAGGAAGAGGAGGAGAAGAGCGGAAGAGACAACGGCAGCUGGAAGAAGAUCAGAGAGAGACAAGACAAAGACCGCGGGCUUUCUUUCACAGUGUCGUACGUGGAGAGGUGUCGGCAGCACCGCUGGCGGUGCGCUCAUGUCACCUUCACCUGUCCACAGGUGGCGCUGUGCCACCGCUGGGUGAACACCAUCAGAGAGCAGCUUGCGGCCAUCAGUAUGUACCAAAAAACCCACACACACACACACACACACACACACACACACACACACACACACACACACACACACACACACACACAUACACACAGCUGCCAGGUAGGUUGUGUGUAUUGUUGCGUUCGUUGCCUUGUUGCAGGCAGCAGGCCCACUCAGCUGCUGGUGUACAUCAACCCGUACGGCGGCAAGCGUCAGGCCAAGCGCGUCUACAAGCAGAAGGUGGCGCCGCUCUUCGCCCUCGCCGGCAUCGGCACGCACGUCAUCGUGACGGAGUACGCCAACCACGCCCGGGACCACCUGAGGGAGGAGGCGGAGCUAAAGAAGUACGACGGCGUGGUGUGCGUGGGCGGCGACGGCAUGUUCAGCGAGCUGGUGCACGGCUUGGUGUGGCGAACGCAGAAGGACGGCGGCGUGGACGUCAACAGGCCCGAGCAGACUCUCAUCGCCUGCUCGCUACGCAUCGGAAUCAUACCAGCAGGUUCCACAGAUUGUAUCUGCUUCGCCACAGUGGGCACAAACGAUCCCGUGACCUCCGCUCUGCACAUCAUCGUGGGCGACAGUCAGCCCAUGGACGUGAGCUCGGUGCACCACGACGACACCUUCCUGCGCUACUCGGUGUCGCUGCUGGGCUACGGCUUCUACGGCGACGUGCUGACGGACAGCGAGAGGAAGCGCUGGAUGGGCCCCGCCAGGUACGACCUGGCCGGGCUCAAGAUGUUCCUCACGCACCAUCACUACGAGGGCACCGUGACCUACCUGCCCGCCGGCGCCGGCGUGGGAGAGCCCAGGGAUGCGUCCAGGUGUCGAUCUGGCUGUUCAGUUUGUCAGGACAACAAGACACUCUUGUCGGGGAGAGCCAGCGUGGACCAGGCGGACUCCAAGGAGGACAGCGAUGCAGAAAACGCAGACGCCGGCUGGCGGACGAUCCGCGGCAAGUUCCUGGCCAUCAACGCGGCCAGCAUGAGCUGCGCGUGCCCCCGCAGCCCCAAAGGCCUGUCGCCCGCCGCCCACCUGGCCGACGGCACCGCCGACCUCAUCCUGGUGCGCAAGUGCUCCCGCGUCAACUUCCUCAGGCACCUCCUGCGCCACGCCAGCAAAGACGACCAGUUCGACUUGUCCUUCGUGGAGGUGCACCGCGUGAGGCGCUUCCGCUUCACGCCGCGACACUGCCACAGCGACUCGGACUCGGACCUGGAACUGGACCUGCUGGACGGGAAGCGGCAGAUCUUUGGACAGAUCUGCCGAGACCACCCGGCCUGCGGCUGCGCGCCCGCCUUCAGCAGCUGGAACUGCGACGGCGAGAUCCUCCCGCACACGGCCAUCGACGUCAGAGUGCAUUGCCAGCUGAUCCAACUGUUUGCCCGAGGCAUCGAAGAAGCGGCCAUGUUUGACGAGCUGGCGCCCGCCUGCUCGGCGUAGGCCGACGGAGCCAUCGAGCGGGCAGCCGGCCGACCGCCUCGGACCUGCGAAGGGCCCCUCACCGGUCGCAACAUCCCUUCCUCUCGGUCGUCUUGUGUUCAAGCGCGUCUGAUCGGGUUGCGCUCACGAGGGAAAGUGAUCGUCCUGAAGUGUCGCAUCCAGGCAGGGUUUUCACUCACUUCAGUCGGGUUCGACUUCAGAGAAGCGGCAGGUCUGACUGUUGCGUCCGAGUCCUACUGAAUGACAAGACCAAUUUGGUCCCAUCUCGGUGUCGAGGUUUUGUCGGCUCUGAAUUUGGAGUCGUCCGAUUCAAAUGCGGUCUGAGGGUUGGUUGGGGGUUUGGCGUUCAGGUCCGCCGCGUUCAGCCAAAGGACAAAAACACCUCAAGUCUAGUUUCAUUGUCGAGUUCUACGUGUCGUCGGCUGUCAGUUUGGAGUAGAGUUCAGGUCCGUUCCGUCGCAAUGUCAAAGUCCGAAUGAGAAGUCCCGGCUCAGGUCUCGGUGGUAAGUCGCCCGGUCGGGUCCGAGUCAGGAGUCGAGUUCGAUUUGACCGCUGAGUCUCAUCCAGUCCGAAUGAUCGGUACGGUCUCGGUUUUGGCUCUGUUCAUUCGGCUCCCCUUUUGGAAUCGGGUUCUGUCUACCGAUUUGAAAAGUCAAACCUCAGCGUUGACUUCCGAGGCUAUUUGGGUCUGACUGUUGAAUCCAAAGUUGGAGGCAAAGGCCUGGACCGGAGUCUCCUCAGUACUGACUCCCACGUUUCGGCGGGUCUGAACUUGGAGUUGAGUUCGGUCUGAGUGACGAGUCCAAAUCAAGUCUCGGGGCUUGAGUCCAAGGUCGCGUUGGCUCGGAGCUAUGAAUGAAGCGAAGGCCUGCUGGUAUUCGGUCGAAAUGACAAGUCGGACUCUGGCGUGGGUGUUGCUGAUGCUUAGUCGGGUUUGAAUUUGGAGUCAAGUGAAUGUUGACUUUUGCGUCUAAAGUCCUGCUAGAAUCUGAACGAAUGACCAUGUCCACAUCAAGUCCAGCUUCGUCGGGUCUGAUUUGGGACUUGUGGGCUCUCUUCCAAAGAUCUUGUUUGUUUUUUUUCCCCUCCAUCUCGUCAAUGUUUGUUUUUAAUUUAUUUGUGUUUGCUCCACGAUUGUCGAGAGGACGCAGGAUAUGAUCUGCUGUCAAAGGAUUGUAACUUUUUUUGUCCGAUUUUUUUUUUUCUCCGUAAUAUUACAUUUUCCCAAAAGUCAGACUUUUUUUUUCAAAAGACGUGACAUAAAAAAAAAAAAAAAACUCGAAUGUUCGCUUGAAGCGUGACUUUUACUUCAAAGUUUUGAAGUUGAAAGAUUCUCAUAAGAUCGGGACCUCAUGAAUUGGAAAAAAAAAAUCUC